GCCGAGCAACAGGAUGUCCCCAUCUUUCUCCUUAGUUUCAUACAGUAAGGAUUGACUCCCUCGAGCAAUGAUACCCCGAGCAAAAACACGGCAGCAAACCAAGGCAGUUCUCAGGACGAAAAGCGUCCGCUAUGUCUGGCCCUCUGUCUAUUGCAAAGACUUAUCUAUCAUGUACCUUAUGAGAAAGCUCUGGUCAACAAAGACAUUAUUUUUUUAAACCAUUCCUGACUUCAAACACAGAGCAAUGAACGAGAUGAAUCCAGAAUUUGCUGAAGCACUGGCCUCGGCCACUCGAAGUCACAAUGUCACUGGCAGCAUCGAGGAUAUUCGCAAGAUGAUGGCACUUGCAAAGAUCGAGUAUCUCCGUACCAAAAGACCCUGGAAUGGAAGCUCAGAAGACAUCACUAUUCCCACUCGCGACGGUGACCGAAUCCCAGUUCGAGUCUACCACCCUUCGACGUAUUCGGAGAAAUCUGCAGUACCGCUGGUGGUUUGGUAUCACGGAGGCGGCUUCUGCCUCGGAGAUUUGGAAAGCGAUGAUUCAUUCUGUCGGCGAGUGACAGAGGAGUUGAAAUGUGUCGUCGCUAAUGUCGACUACCGGCUCGCACCCGAGCACCCUUUUCCUACACCCAUCAACGACUGCUGGGAUGCUUUCCAACGGUUGUACUCAAACGCAGCCAGCCUCGGAGCUGAUACAACCAAGGGGCUCAUCGUUGGAGGUGGUAGUGCCGGUGCCAAUGCGGCUUCAGCUAUCGUUCAUCUUGCGCUCGAUCAUCAGAUUCAGGUUCCAGGCGUCCAUCUUGGUGUUCCGCUUCUGAUCCACCCCGAGAACGUCCCAGAGCGGUACCGGGCAAAGUGGACCGCUUACGAAGAGAAUAAGAACGCACCUAUGUUAUCACGCGAGAGUACCGAAAUCCUCAUAAAAGCAUACAAUCCGGCACCCUCCAACCCGCUGUUCUCAUCGCUCUUCUAGCCGACGGGUCAUAAAGCCAAUCCACCAACGCAUUUCCAGAUCUGUGGGCUUGAUCCCGUCCGAGACGAUGGAUUUAUUUUCGAAGAGAUAUUGCGUCGCGAGUGCGGCGUCAAGACAAAGAUUGAUUUUUACGCGGGUGUGCCUCAUGCUUUUAACGCUGGGUUUCCUGACUUGGAGAUUAGCAAGAUGUUUGUGAAUGACGCGGUGGCAGGGUUCGGUUGGCU